CUCUCUCUCUCUCUCUCGCUUUUCUCUCUCGCUCUCCGAAAUUAGGGUUUCAAAGCUUCGCGCAGUACCGGCGGUGCUCUGCUUCGUCUUCGAUCGUCGUUUUUCAAUGCCGGCGAAUCCUUCCCGGAGAUUCUCCACAAUUGUUCAAUCCCUUGGGCGAUUGCGGCACAUACCUCAGCUCCGGUGUUCUUCUCAGUUCAAAUAGCGGUUCCGAAUUGAAUUGGAGCUGCUCCGGUGGUUUCUGCGAUGGCGCCUAGCCGGAGGAAAGGUGCUAGCAAAGCCGCUCAGGCCGCCGCUGCUCGCCGCCAGUGGAAGGUCGGCGAUCUUGUGCUUGCUAAAGUCAAAGGCUUCCCGGCUUGGCCUGCUACGGUAAGUGAGCCGGAGAAGUGGGGUUACUCUGCUGAUUGGAAGAAAGUACUCGUUUUCUUCUUUGGAACACAACAGAUUGCUUUCUGCAACCCCGCUGAUGUGGAAGCAUUUACUGAGGAGAAGAAACAGUCUCUUCUUGGAAAGCGUCAUGGUGCUGAUUUUGUUCGUGCAGUUCAGGAGAUUAUUGAUAGUUUUGAGAAGUUGAAGAAAGAUGACCAAGUUGCCGAGGUCAAUUCUAGUGCAAUUGAUGGGAACUCAGUUGACUCUUCAUGCAAUUUUGGUUCAAAGGAUCAGAAAGAAGCUCCUGAAGCUAUUCUUGAUUUACAUCCAAAAUCUUCAUCUUCUACUAUUGAUAAAAAUGAGCCAAGUAAUUCUGUUGAGGAUGCUUCAGCUACUGCACAAUUAGAUGCUACCCUUGAUAAGGAGAACUUGAUUGGGGAACCUGCUGCUACAACAAUGGUUUCUGAAACACCUAUGCCGACAACAUACUCUUCCAGAAAAAGAUCUGGAGACCUGCAAUUACAGAACUGCGCCUCAAAGAGAGAGGAAGCACCAGCACGUAGGUCAAGAAGCUCAUUGAGGACAGAAUCACGUAGAUUGCAGAACUUCGUAAUGCCAUGUGAUGAUGAUGCCAAGAAUUCUGGGGAUAUAUCUGCCAAUGCAGUUCAGGACAGAAGUUCAAGAAGAAUUAAACGAGCACGGAAAUCACCUGAUGCCUCCAUGUGUGAUGAAGUUGAAUUGGCUGUUUGUGUAUCAAACGGUUGUGCUGAAGAUGAUGGUUCUGAGGUUGUCCCAGUCGACUCUGGCACAUUUAGUCUGAAUGAUGGCAGUGUUAUUGAUUCUGGUUGCAAAGGAGAACACUCAGAGGCUGCUGUUGAAUGCUUGGAAGGAGAUGCUGAGUUGAUUAAAGGACUUGAUCUCCAAAUAAAGGCUGUUAGUAAGAAGAAAAGGAAACCAAAUAGAAAGAGAGUUACUAAUGAUGCAGCUGAGCCUAUUGCUGUAUUAGACAAGGAGACUGUUCAAGAGGUUUGUGUGCAGAGCAGUAGCCAAAGUAUUCAAACUGAUUGUGGAAAUAUGAGUGGAAGUUUUUCCAAGGAAGAUGGAGAUGAACACCUACCAUUGGUGAAACGAGCCAGGGUUCGAAUGAAUAAACCAUCAUCUGUUGAGGAAGUUCAUAUCACUCCACACAUUCAAGAAAGUCUGAAUGAAGUCAUGCUCAAUCCGUCAGGGAUGAUCAAAACAUCUCCAAUAUGUGAUGACAAUUGCCCAGCUGGUAGGGACUCACUUGUGGUAAAUGGAGCUCUAGAUAAUAUUGCACCUCCAAGAGUAUGCACUCAAAGUUUGGAGAAUAGGCCUCAGCUUUGGAAUUCGAAGAAAGACCAGUCUUUUGGUUGUUCAGCUGAUGGUGAAGCUGUUUUGCCUCCAUCUAAGCGUCUUCAUCGUGCUCUAGAAGCCAUGUCAGCUAAUGCAGCUGAGGAUGAUAGAAGAUGUAACGAUGUUUCAUCAGUCAUGAUGACAUCUACUAUUGAUUGUCAUAAUUCUUCGGGGAACACAUGCAUUACUAUAAAUGUGGAAAGUUAUUCAGGGAAUGGUCUGGAACUGAAUAGUGAUGACUCUUUUGGCAAUAAUGCUUCAGGGUUUUCUACCACUCCAAACAAUGUAAUCUUGGAGGACAAUACUAAAUCAUCAAUGGAGGUGGAUGUAUGUAAUCAAAGGCGGAAUAGUCCUGACACUCAGAAUAAUCAAUGUUCUAUUGAUGGUUUUCCAGAUUCUGGGCACCAUAAUGGUGGUAAAGUUCUUUCUGCUGACUGUUACGCUGGAACUGCUGUACAAACUGAAUGUCCAGGGAAAUCACCUAGUAUGGAAAGAAGAGAGGCUGGUACUGGAUGCAAUCAAGGUUCAGUGGAUGAGCUUCCUCGGCAAGAUGAAGGCCAUGCAAAAUUUGAAUCUAGCAAUAAAUAUGCAGAAAAUCUUGGUUCUGAUGAUGAUAAAAUUGAAUCAAGUCAUAAAGAUGAGAGUCCUGAUGCUGAUUGUGAUACUUCAGAGCAUACUCUGAAGAGCGUAGUUCCUGAACCAGGCUCCAGCCAUGGACUUGUUGAGGUUCCAGGUUGUAUUGAUUUCAGUCAACUUCACCAUGUUGCAGGGGAUUCUAGGGAGAACAUCAAGUCUCUGGACCCUCAGCUGCAUGAGAACAAAGACAUACAGGAAAUGUUGGAUGCUGUAAUAGAGGUAAAGCAUAAUCAAAUAGAGAAAGUGCCUAGUUCAGUUUCCUAUCCAGAAGAGUACUUGACUGGAAAACAUGUUGCUGGUGUCCGGUCAAGUCCACCCCUAACAGAUGGAGGAGAUUUCCUUGCACAAACAUCACCUCCUAGUACUUCAGGCUGUCAUAUUUCUACUUCUGAUAGUAGUAAUAUUCUUCAGAACAAUGGCAGUUGUAGUCCUGAUAUUAAUUUGCAGCACAAGAGAGCCUCUACUCCAGUUGAUGAGGAUGAAAAGUCAGAAGCAGUGGUUUGUCAAGGACCAAAAUCAGUGAGCAGGUAUGCAGAAGCACUGGCCGCUCUGUCAUCCUUUGAGACAAUACUAGGAACCUUGACAAGGACUAAGGACUGCAUUGGUCGAGCAACUCGUAUAGCUAUUGACUGUGGAAAGAUUGGCGUGGCAUCUAAGGUGUUGGAGAUUCUGGCACGUCAUUUGGAAAACGAGUCGAGCUUACACCGUAGGAUUGAUUUUUUCUUCCUGGUUGAUUCAAUUGCUCAGCAUUCUCGAGGUGUGAAAGGUGAUACUGGUGCUAUGUUUUCUUCUGCUAUUCAAGCAGUGCUCCCACGGUUAUUGUCAGCUGCUGCUCCUCCUGGAAGCUCAGCAAAUGAGAAUCGUAGGCAGUGUCUAAAGGUUUUGAAACUUUGGUUGGAAAGAAGGAUUGUUCCCGAGUCCAUGAUCCGUCACCAUAUGCGAGAACUUGAUACUCUGGGUGGCUCUUCUGCUGGUGCCUAUUGUCGGCGCUCCUCUAGAACAGAAAGGUCUUUGGAUGAUCCUCUUAGAGAGAUGGAGGGUAUGCUUGUCGAUGAAUACGGAAGUAAUUCAAGUUUUCAACUUCCGGGAUUCUGUAUGCCCCGCAUGCUUAAGGAUGAAGAUGGUGGAAGUGAUUCUGAUGGGGAAAGUUUUGAGGCUGUAACCCCUGAACAUAACCCUCAGACUAUUGAAGAACAUGAAGCUCCUGCAACUGAAAGGCAUAGGCAUAUCUUGGAAGAUGUUGAUGGAGAACUUGAAAUGGAGGAUGUGGCUCCAUCUUGUGAUGUUGACAUCAGUUCAUCUUGCGGUGUUGCUGGAGUCAAUGUUGUGCAAGCGUCACAUAGUCAAUUUGAACAACAUUUUCCACAUCCCUUUCCCCCUCCACUACCUCAAGAUGUGCCUCCGUCAUCUCCUCCACUACCAUCUUCUCCUCCGCCCCCACCAGCAUCAGCACCUCUGCCCCCACCUCAUGUCAUUCACCCUUCAUGUGCUACGUCUGAUUUAAAUCCAUACACUGAUACACAUAAUGUGCAUGACUGCAGAGUUCCACCUCCAUGUCAACAGUUGAAUAAACCGAGAAUUAACCAAGCAAUUCCUGAUGCAGUGCACUAUCAUCACACUGAAUCUAGAGAUCUUCACGGGCAGAUGCCUGAUUCUACAUCCUGCUCGUAUAGUAGCUAUCCUUCAAAUUCAGGGAGAAAUAUGCCACAUACUGAUGGUGCUACAUUCUAUAACAAAGGUUACCCUUUAUGGCCACCUCAUGCUGCACCGUCGAAUCAGUUUUCUUAUGUUAAAGGAGACCAUCAUGUAAAGCCACGGCGUGAAGUCCCACCUCCUUAUCACAACAGAUUUGACUAUAUGCAGAAUGGGGACCGAGAACACUAUAACAAUAAUCAUGAAAGAACGAAACCAGCUCCUUAUGAGCCCCAUGAGAGCUGGAGGUUUCCACCACAUUCUUACUCUGGUCCUCGUUAUCCUGAAAAGGGCAAGGCGUCUUAUGGAAAUGCUCCAUUUGCUGGACCCCCUCGUGGACCAUCGAGAUAUCCUGGCCAAGGGUUGCGAUUUCCUCCACGGUCAACAAACCACAGACACUCUUUUAUACCGCCUUAUGAUGGUCCCAUACCUGUCACCAACAGAGUCUCUCUCUCUCUCUCUCUCUCUCUGCAAAUCGAAAUGGGUGCUACACAGUCCUCGUGCCUCUCCGAAAAAUCCAUCCACGAGUUCAUUGUUAAGGGCAGCAAAGGCGACGACGUCGACCUCGGCGCUUACAAAGGCAAGGUCCUCCUCAUCGUUAACGUCGCCUCCAAAUGUGGUUUCACCGAUACGAAUUACACACAGCUUACUGAGCUUUACACCAAAUACAAGGACAAAGGUUUUGAGGUCUUGGCCUUUCCAUGCAAUCAGUUUCUGAAGCAAGAACCUGGAACAAGCACAGAUGCACAUGAAUUUGCAUGUACAAGGUACAAGGCUGAAUAUCCAAUCUUCAAGAAGAUACGUGUGAAUGGACCAAACACAGAACCCGUCUACAAAUUCCUCAAAGCAAGUAAACCUGGAUUUUUGGGGGGUAGGAUAAAAUGGAACUUCACUAAGUUCUUAGUUAAUAAGGAUGGCAAUGUCAUCGAACGUUACAGCCCAACCACCUCUCCCUUGAAUAUUGAGGCUGACAUCAAAAAAGCACUAGGAGAGGUUUAAGAAUGAAGCAGUCUAGAUGUGUUAUAUGUACACUGUUCAUCAUCUUUUCCAUGCUUGUGUGUCUUUCUGGCUAUUAUCCUCUCCAUGUAACUUUAGUUUGGUAUUGCAUUUUAUUUAUUUUUUGUUUGUGCUUUGUCUACCUUGUAAUUAACAUUCAUGUACAAAUGAAAUUACCACUUUGCAAAUGAAAUGCAAGUUGUUUGAUUGUCA